AAAGCAGAAAGAUCUUAUUUGUGAAAGAUAGUGAAACAAUAUUGGUUUCCUGUGAGAAUCCACCAACGGACAAACACGAAGAUCAUUUGGUUUAAAAUGGAGGGCCAAACAGAACAAUCUCACGAAGCAACCACUUUGCUUUACUCAAAUGAAACUACACUUACAACUACAGGUGAAAACUUGUGUAACAGUUUGAAGUGCUACAUGGUCCUGACUGAACGGGAGAAGAAAGGUAUCGGUGUAAUCUGCUUCCUUGCUGGCCCUGUGACUUUCUUGGAAAAUGUUCUGGUCCUGGGGGUCAUAGCCUUUUCUGCCACUCUGCGAAGGCGUCCAACGUACCUGUUCAUCAGCAGCUUGGCACUGGCCGACACCUUUGCUAGCUGUUUCUUUACCAUCAGUUUUCUAGAUUUCCAUCUUUAUAAUCGUGAUGAUGGCCCCAAUAUGUUUCUGUUCAAGCUGGGAGGUGUCACAAUGGCAUUCACAGGCUCUGUGGGAAGCCUGUUGCUGACAGCGUUAGAUCGCUAUCUCUGCAUCUACCAGGCCUCCAAUUACAAAGUGCUACUCACACGCACAAGGGCCUUUCUGGCUAUUUUGUUCUUAUGGUGUUUGACAAUUCUCAUUUCCUUUCUGCCAUUGAUUGGUUGGAGGUGCCCAACCUUGUUGGACCCUCCUUGUUCUCGUAUUUUCCCUUAUAUUGAUCGCCACUACCUGGCCUGUUGGACGGGCCUGCAAUUUGCGGUGCUCUUUCUCAUCACGGUGGCUUAUUUCCUUAUCCUGUGGAAAGCUAAUCGGCAUGUUACAGCAAUGGGUGGAUCUAAGCUGGGGAGACAGAGUUUUAAAGGACAAGCUAAGAUCCGCAUGGACAUACACCUUGCACGGACCUUUGGUAUAAUCUUCUUAAUUCUUGCAGUGUGUUGGCUACCAGUUCUCUCCUUUAUGUUGGUAGACGUCUCGGUGACCCUUACAAAUAAACAGCAGCGAAUGUUUGCUUUCUGUAGCACACUAUGCCUGGUGAACUCAUCUGUAAACCCACUCCUGUAUGCCCUGCGAUGCCGAGACUUGAGGCGAGAACUAUUAGCAUUGCUGGGAUGUUGCAAGGCAUGGAGGGAACGUGUGUUGGAAAAUGACUUUGGGCUUUCCAGAAGGAACAAGGAUCAGACACCUGACCAAAGCAACCAAGAAACUGUUUCUGAGAGUGUAGACAGGCAGUUAUGAUUAUGAGUUAUGUAAUUAUUUGUUUAUUAUAUGUAAAAAAUGUUAACAUUGUAUUUAAUGUUGACCACAGUGUUUUUCUAUGGCAAUAAGGCAAGCAAUAUGUCACACAAUAAAGACUUCUGUUAUCUAUUAUAUUACAUUCUAAACCUAUAUGGGAGAGAAUGGUUUGUUUAUAAACUGAAGUAGAUGCCUUGACAUGUUUAUUUUAUGUAUGUAUGUUUCGUAAGCGCUGUAUGUGUUUGG